AUGGAGACACUGCCCGGCUCGGGCUCGACGCUGUCGACUGCGUCGCCGACGUUGGCAGCAGAGCCGAGUGGCCCGUCCCGAACCGCACUGAUCAUUGACGGAUCGUACGCAAUGAUUGGCGCUCGCAGCCUGGGAGGCAAGAUCGACUACGUCAAGCUCCGGUCGGCAUUGGAAGAGCAGGCGAUGACGCAGUUUGGAGAUUGUUGGUUCUUCGACCAGAACCCGUCUGCGCAGAGAGCGAAUCCAGCUUUGACUGCAGAGUAUCAUAUGCUGAAAUUUGCACCACCCGAUGGACCCCAGUUCCAGGUCAGCUUGUUUCCUAUGAAGAAGUACAGCUGCCAUUGCAAGAGAUGCGGCAACCUGUUCACACAGAAUGUGCAGAAGGGCGUUGACAACGGAAUUGCCACCAAGAUUUUAUCUCUCGCCUACGAAAAUGUGCGCUUACGUUAUGCACUCUUUGACCCUGUCAUUUACGCUGCACGAUUUUCCCUGCUCAUUCUGCAUAUGAACCAGAUUUGCGGCCGCUUUAUUUUGUUUGCAGGUGAUGGUGAUUUCUAUAGCUCGCUAAGCCACGUCCGAAAUGUGCUGCGAAAGGAUAUUUGGGUAAUGGGCUACCGCGGAACAAUAUCGGGGGACCUCCAACAGCUAGCGUCGCGAGUAAUUUGGAUGGACAGUUUGUGGUCAGAAGUCAAAAGCAGUCAACACGAUACCAUGUUCCACGAGCAAGGACGUAGAGAUGAAGGACGAAAAGACAGAGGGCGCAGGGACGAAGUGCCGUGGUUUGAGGAUCACCGAGGUGCAGACGUCCAUCACAGUGAUGCUUCGUCUUCAUCUUUCGAUGAAGCAAGAGACGUCGGUGGUAGUCGCCAUGUGGUCAUUGCACCUCGCUCGAACCAAUUGGCUCGCAGGAGAGGUCGUGGCCGUGACUGGCGCUCGAACGGAAGAGGCCGAGGUAAAAACGGUUGGCGACGCAGUCGUUCCCGAUCGAGGGACCGAGCUCGCACAGAGCAAAGCAACAAAGCAGUCAGAGCCAGAAAUGCGUCAUCCCCAGACGUCGAUGUCGCCACCGGAGCUCGGUCAGGAACGACAAACAGGGGUAAAGUGUCGUCGUCUACAGGAAAACACGGGACUGAUGGAAAGAAGCGGAAACGAAACGGCACAGACAAGAACGGGCAAAAGCGGUCAAAACAAAAAGGACGCGGAGACAAGCCUGCAGACGGUUUGCCAGUCAUCACGUUAUCGGACAUUAGUUCGGACGAGUAUACAAGCGAGCCGUUUCCGUCGUCGCCGUCAUCUGUGCCACUGGACUCGAUGACAAAGACGCCGUUUGCAGCGCCGGACCGUGAUUUCGGGUUGAAUGGAAUCAUUGAUCUAGCUCUCGAUUCAGAAAGUGAGUAA